CGCUGCAGAGCCCUGAGGAGACCUACGCAGAACUGGGUGGGAAACAUUCAAGACCCCACAUGGAAAAGGGGCGAGCCAAUAAUUGAACCCAGGCCCUUCCAACGAAAGUGCCACCCUGCCGCAAAAAAAAAGGAGACGAGAAAUACGCGUGACAGAUGCGCCGUCCGGGGUGAUUAGAGUAAAGUCGGAAAGGAAAGGAAGGGAUUUAGGCAGAGCGAUGGAUAGGAGGAGGAGCUGGGGAGAAAGUUGUGACCCCUGUCCACCACCACCCCCGCCUCUCUCUCUCUCUCUCCCCCUACACCCUCUCUCCCUCGGCACGGUGCGCUCUCCUCGCCACACGGCACCGGGCGGGGAGAGGCACAGCACGGCGGCGCAGACACACCAGGGAGAUCGAGGAAAGACGAGGGGGGGGGGGAGAGAGAGAGACAGAGAGAGGAAAGACGCUGACGAGAGGGCUCGAGAAGGCGCUGGACGGACGGGCAAGCACGGACGGAGAGCGAUGCACGUCGAGACGGGCGGACGGGCUGUGGAGUGAGACAGCGUUUGCUGCUGCAGAGAGACAUUUAGAAAGGCGCCCGCGCACAUGGACGAUCAGAGAGGCGAGAGAGACAGGUAGUAAAGGGGGAGGGAGGUGGUGGUGAACUGACCAAAACGAGAUUACGCAAUUGAUCAUUAAUACCCGCAUGAGUGACCAGACAGCGAUAUCGAUUAGUACACAGAUGCAGAAAUGUACAGGUGGGCAUCCGUAUCGCAAACAAGACGACUCUUAAUACGCAGCGGGAAAUAGCGAGCGAUGUAUUGACGGACACGUCGUUAACAAGGAGAGAGAGAGAGAGGGACGCGUCGAUGCGGCGACAGUGAGAUAAAUGUGCACCGGCUGACCGAAAUAGAUGAAGGGAGACGGAAGCGGUGAAGAGAAAGUGAACCGAUUAAAUGAGGGCAUUGCGUGUAUUACAGGAGCAAUGAGAGGAGCACUCUGAGCAGGUGGGGCAGGUAAGCAUGGAAUAAAACACCAUACUCAUCGCCCCAGGGAGUCAGACAUGCACAUCGACCGACAGUAAAGUGGGAAAGAGAUUUCUACAAAGACACACACCCCCCACCCCUCUCCCCCCUCCAGUCUAAGUCUAAGCAGUGUGUAGUUGGCAAGUGUGUAGUUGGCACGCACAUUAAGGCCAAAGACUUAGACACACGUACGACACGUCGCAGAGAGCCAGGCUGAGUGGGAAGGAGAUAUUUGCAUAGUUUGAGACGCACGCGCGCGCACGCACGGAGAGGCAGACGCACGGGAUAAGCCUGCACGAUGGAGAGACGCGCGCGCGGUCAAGGAUUUCGGCUGCCCUGCGGGGCGUCGAUCCGUGCGGCUGGUCGUGAUGUCGGAUCAGACUCCCUCUGAAGACGCGAUCCCGAGUCCUCUGCUCCUCGCUGGAGGCCGCCCGAUCCCCGUAGAACAUCUUACCCCCCUCCCUCCACCACCUCCACCGUCCAUCACGGCCACCCACAUCACUCCGACGCCAUGGAGGUCAGCAAGUCGGCCGGCGCAUCGCCGGCCAAGAACUUCAAACUGUGGAACCUGAAUCGCAAGGGAACCUCGUCGCGGUCCUCCCCAAAGUCGCCGGGCGCCCCACCGGACCCGGCCGAGAUCGCUCGCUCCAAGGCGGCCGCUCGUCGCGUGCGCCUCAACGUGGGCGGCCUCGUCCACGAGGUCCUGUGGCGCACGCUCGAGAGGCUGCCGCGUACCCGGCUGGGCCGCCUCCACGCCACCAACACCCACGGCGCCCUCUCGGAGCUGUGCGACGACUACAGCAUCGCCGACAACGAAUACUUCUUCGAUCGGCACCCAGGCGCCUUCGCGUCGGUGCUCAACUUCUACCGCACGGGCCGCCUGCACAUGAGCGAGGAGAUGUGCGCGCUGUCCUUCGGCCAGGAGCUCGACUACUGGGGCGUCGACGAGAUCUACCUGGAGACGUGCUGCCAGGCGCGCUACCACCAGAAGAAGGAGCAGAUGAGCGAGGAGCUGCGGCGCGAGGCGGAGAGCGCCCGGGAGCGCGAGGGCGACGAGUUCGAGGGCACGUGCUGCGCCGACAAGAGGCGCAAGCUCUGGGAGCUGCUCGAAAACCCAAACUCCUCGCUCGCAGCCAAGGGGAUGGCCAUUGUGUCCAUCCUGUUUAUCGUGCUCUCCACCAUUGCGCUGUCUCUCAACACGCUGCCCGAUCUGCAGCACAAGGAUGAGUUCUCGCACAUCAUCGACAACCCGAAGCUGGCCCAGGUGGAGGCCGUGUGCAUCGCCUGGUUCACCAUGGAGUACCUGCUGCGCUUCAUGUCGGCGCCCAACAAGUGGAAGUUCUUCAAAGGCGCCCUCAACGUCAUCGACCUCAUGGCCAUCUUGCCAUACUACAUCACCAUUUUCCUCACAGAAUCGAGCCGCGGCGUCUCGCAGUUCCAGAACGUGCGGCGCGUCGUGCAGAUCUUCCGCAUCAUGCGCAUCUUGAGGAUCCUCAAGCUGGCUCGCCACUCCACGGGCCUGCAGUCGCUGGGCUUCACGCUCAGGAGGAGCUAUAACGAGCUGGGCCUCCUCAUCCUCUUCCUCGCCAUGGGGAUCAUGAUCUUCUCCAGCCUCGUCUUCUUCGCUGAGAAGGACGAGCCGGAUACCAAGUUCCAUAGCAUCCCGGCGUCCUUCUGGUGGGCGACCAUCACCAUGACCACUGUAGGCUAUGGCGACAUCUACCCAAUGACAUUACUGGGCAAAAUCAUUGGCGGGCUGUGCUGCAUUGCGGGCGUGCUCGUUAUCGCGCUGCCCAUCCCUAUUAUUGUCAACAACUUCAGCGAGUUCUACAAGGAGCAGAAGCGGCAGGAGAAGGCGGUGAAGCGGCGGGAGGCACUUGAGAGGGCCAAGCGCAAUGGCAGCAUCGUCUCGAUGAACACCAAGGAGGCCUUUGUGAGAAACGCCGAGCUGGAGACGGUGGUCAUCGUGGAGAAGGACACCAAGAACCUCGGCUGCAAGGAGAGAGUGAGCGUCGACGAGCUGAACCACUUCUCUCCGAGCCGGUGGAAGACCUCCAAGGGUUUGGCUUCGGACGUCGUGUCGUCCAAAGCAGAGGCCUCCAGAUCUCCGCACCACCUGGACGUGCAGAAGCUGGUGAGCUUGUACAAGGAGAUGUCGUCCAAAGAUUCACCUGACCACGAAGCGCAGACGCUGGAGGAUAAACCGCAAGAGAUGCAACCAUUGGUCGGGCGCUCAAGAAAUAAGCCACUCCUGCUGGAUCCAGGGAGAUUGGAAGCAUUUAAUGCCUCUCCACCUACAACCGGUGAGGUCAAUGAAGGCUUUGGGCCAGACAGAGUAGAUGUGCCAAAUAUUGCGGCGAACUUCGAUGGAGUGAGAGUUAGGCGCGAUGAAGGGAACAGCGACGGGCAUGGUCUCUCUGGUGGCGACAAUGAAGAAGCGAAAAGUAAAGAAGCGAACGGAGACAAGUGGGGCAGUGCGGAGAAGUUCUCUGCAGACAGACUCGUGGUUGACGCAGAUGUGGCCAAGCCACAAGCGACCGAGUUUACAAAGAGAGAGGGGCGGAGGGGGGCCGCACUAAGGCCUGCAAGUUACCCGCAGGGUCAGGUGGCGCAAGAGGUCUUCUCGUGCGAUGGCAGGCCCCAGCGGAGCAGCUGGGCAGAGUGUCAGGAUUUUGGAAAGGUGAACUUUGCCGAACACGGCUUACCGUCGGUGAAAUUGAGCAGGCAAGAUUCAGACGGUGUCUCGGGCUUGAGGGCAGCAGAGAGGGUGACCGAUGGUGCCGGCUUCUCUGGGAAGCCCACAGACGCAAGCCCUUCAGGUGAAAUAAAAAGUUCCUGUGUGGAAUUUCAAGAUGGCGACUUUCAACAAAAUGGUUGCCAAGAUUUGCAAGAGGCAACCGACAUAAGCGCUACUUCCAGAUUUGCGUAGGCUUCUUGUUUAGUUAUAUUAUUGGUUCUUUCGGUAAAGUCACGUAGAAGGGAAAUAAUAAAAAUAUAAAACAAUAAA